AUGAAUGAAAAACUGGACGUGGAUGAGGAGGCAUACGACAUGCUAUUCAGCCCGGUGACACCGUGGCCUUGCCUAUCCUUCGACUUCAUUUUGAGCAAACCUGCUGGAGCCCACCCCUCGGUAGGAGAUGCCAAGAAGAAGGGUUUUUUUUCCCCCUUGACGUACCCACUCCAGGUAACUUGUGUAGCAGGGAGCCAAGCUGCAAAGAAGAGUCAAAAUGAAAUCUACCUCCUCAGGUGGGAUAACCUGAACAAAUUAAAGGAUGGAGAUGAUAGCGACGAUGAUAGUGACGAUGAUAGUGACGACAGCAAUGAUGACAACAACAACGAUGAUAAGAAUGAUGAUGGCGAUAAUGAUAAGGGUGGUAGUGGCGGGCCCGCGCCAGGCAACUCGUUGGGGGAGAAACGACAAAAAGGUAAAGGAAACUCAAAGGAAGUGGACAGUCUGUGUGUAGAGAGUAAGAAGGAACAAGUCGUUUGUAAAGCGAUCCAACACCCAUACGGAGGAUUAAACAGAAUAAAGACAUGCAAAAAAAUAAACUCUCUUAUUGCAACCUGGUGUGAAGACAGUAAGGUAUAUAUCUAUGAAUUAUCGGAAGAGAUAAAACAUUUAGAUGAGCGUCCAUACAAUGAAGAAGUUGUGAAAAAGGCACUGCAUGUGUUUGAUGGCCACACCAGUGAAGGGUUCAGUUUGGAUUGGAACCCCGUUUACGCGGCCAAACUGUUAAGUGGAGAUAAUGAUGGAAACCUCUUUCUGUGGUUGCCCGAUAAUAGUGAUAAAUGGACAUAUGAACGGUGCACUAUGGAGGUUCCCACUAACCAGAGCAAGGACAAGAAUGGAGGAAAAGGAAAAGGAAGAAAGAAACACAGUAUCGAAGAUAUUCAGUGGAGCAAAGGAGGAAAUGGAUUCGGACAUGUAUUUGCCAUGUGUUCCUCAGACAAAAGUGUAAGUAUAAUAGAUACACGCGAUUUAAAGAAUCAAAACAAAACAGACGGAAGGAAUAACACACAUAUACAAAUACCAGAUGCCCAUUCAUCAGAUGUUAAUGUCAUUUCGUGGAAUGAACAUGUCAAUUUUUUGAUAGCCUCAGGAGGGGAUGAUUCUCUUGUAAAAAUAUGGGAUAUAAGAAACGUUUCCAAUUCUGUAGGUGCAUUAAAAUUUCACAGAAAAUCCAUUUCUGCAGUUUCCUGGGAUCAUAGUGAUACUUAUGUGAUUUUGGCUUCAAGUUUGGAUGACUGCAUUUCCAUUUGGGAUCUCUCCGUUGAGACAGAGUCCUUAGAGUUUGGUCUGUCGAAGUAUCCUGAUCAACUUUUGUUCGAACAUCAAAAUCAAAAGUUCAUCACAGAUGCCAAGUUCCACCCCCUCCACCCAGGAGUCGUCGUCUCUACGUCCAGUGACAACUUUAACAUUUUUAAGCCUUGCAAUGUGUAG